CUUGCAAGUCCUAGAGUUAUGACCAAUCUUUCCGCACCUGGUACAGUGCCGCAGAGUUGGCUCAGUCUCUAUUUUCUGACUACUCUCCUCGCGUAUUUCAUGCUCCAGUUGUGCAUCAAUAUCCUUCUGGUUAAUCAAACCUUGUCCAUCUUCUACAGAAAGUACCCCUUCAUGUUGUAGGACGGUUCUUUUUUGCUCGUCGGCGCUUGCUGAGUUCCUGAUUCGCCUUCUCUAAUGAAUGGACUCGUGCACUUAAAAAGGUAAUAGUAUGGGCUAAUGCUUGUGUCCCUCUUGCAAGUUGGUCAACUGCAGUAUAUAUUGGUAUUGAAGAGCUGCUCUGGUGUCUAGAGAUACGGGUCUUGAUGAAUGUAGACUGCGAAACCGUUUCAAUCGAGCUGUGUGGCGUUUGAUAAACCCAGUGGUUGGCAGAAGUUGGAGGCAAGUCAGAUGGUGUCGGUGUUCUUAACCUGAAUUUAAGGAAGGCUGUGUCCUGUCCUAAGAGAUCUGCCUUUACUACUCUGUCAAGUAACUUAAAGAAUACUGUAGUGUUGUCCAAUCAAACGAUAUCUUUAGUGCCCUUUUUUUCUCAGGC